AUGUCCUCAAGACCUCAGAUGACCCAAGACCUCAGGCCCCAAUACCUCAGGACCCAAGACCUACGAGGGCCCAAGACCUCAAGGACCCACGACCUCAGGCCCAAGACCUCAGUGCCAAUACCUCAGGGCCCAAGACCUCAGAGCCCAAGACCUCAGGGCCCCAAGGACCUCAGGACCCAAGACACAGUGGCCAAAAGAACACUCGCGGCCCAAGCCACUCCGGCCCAAAGACCUCAGGGCCCACGAACCACAGGCCCAAGUACCGUCAGGGCCCAAGACCUCAGGGCCCCAAGGACCUCAGGUCCCCAAGCCCUCAAGCGACACAAGGAUAAAUGUUCGGGGGGGGGGGGGGGGGGGGGGGGGGGGGGGGGGGGGGGGGGGGGGGGGGGGGGGGAGGGGGGGGGGGGGGGGGGGGCCGUGCCAAAAUAA